AUGCUGAAAUUGAAUUGGAACGCAACUCUGGAAUCUUCUUCGCAAUUAUUUUCAUCCGGAUGUCCAGCUGGUCAUUCAAAAAAUCGAAAUAAUAUUGGAGAGAAUAUGUACUGGUGGACAUCUCCAGUUAUAACUGAAACUGAUUCUGAUUCACUUGGAAAUAGAUCAUCCAAUUUAUGGGAAAGUGAGUUUCAGAGAUAUGGAUGGACUGAGAAUAAAUUGAGUCAAGAUGUUUUCAAUACUGGAAUCGGACAUGCUUCACAGAUGUCCUGGGCUCGUACCAGUUCUAUUGGAUGUGGAGUGUCUAAAUGUACAGGUGGAUCUAUUGAAGGAACUGAAUAUGUUGUUGUAUGUCAAUACUAUCCAGCAGGAAAUUAUAUUGGCUUGAAUAUUUAUGAAUCCGGAGAGACAUGUUCAGCCUGCCCGAAUGGAAAGAAGUGUGAAUCGAGUACAGGAUUGUGCAUUUAA